AUGAAGGAGCUGUCCAUGCUCUCUCUGAUCUGCUCCUGUUUCUACCCGGAACCUCGCAACAUGAACAUCUAUAAAUAUGAUGGUGAGGCUUGCCGUUUCUCGCUUUACUGUGCAGACAUGGAAGUGAAACAAAUCAACAAACGUGCCUCGGGCCAAGCCUUUGAACUGAUCCUAAAGCCACCAUCUCCGGUCUCGGAAGCGCCACGAACUUUAGCUUCUCCAAAGAAGAAAGAACUCUCUCUUGAGGAGAUCCAGAAAAAGCUGGAGGCUGCAGAGGAGAGGAGAAAGUCCCAGGAGGCCCAGGUGCUGAAACAUCUGGCAGAGAAGAGAGAACAUGAGCGAGAAGUGCUUCAAAAAGCUUUGGAGGAGAACAAUAACUUCAGCAAAAUGGCAGAGGAAAAGCUGAUACUGAAAAUGGAACAGAUCAAAGAAAACCGUGAAGCUAAUUUAGCUGCUCUUAUUGAACGUCUCCAAGAGAAGGAGAGGCAUGCUGCAGAGGUCCGUAGAAACAAGGAGCUCCAGGUGGAACUGUCUGGCUGAAAACAGCGAUGGUGGAUGUGACCCAUCCCCACCAUUAGUGAACUCCCCCUGCCUAUAUUAUUAUGGAUCAUGCGAUAUCAGUAUGGGAAAUGUAUGACAUGGUUUAAAAAAAAUAAAAAUCAAGAACUCAAUAAAAAACUUUAAAAAAGAAACAAAAUAAAAACAAAAACAAUGCGGUCUGUUUGCAGAAUGAUUUGCUUGAUGUUUAAAAAACUUGGAUCUUAUUUUGUAAAUACUUACAUUUUUGUUAAAAAAUACAAGUAUUGCAUUAUGCAAGUUAUUUCAUAAUCUUACAUGUCCUGUAACAGGCUUCUGAUGUUGUCUAUUUCCACUCGGUUGAAUUUGCUGGGUCUGUUAAUUUGAAGCACUUCACGUCUGAUUCCAUUCCCUGCAACUUUCAUACCAACCCACCAUGAGGUCAGUAGUAGUUCUAUGGUGCUAGAGACCAGUCAUUGCCUAAUAACCUAGACUGCUUUGCCAUCGAUAAGCUUUGUUGAAACAGUGACUAGAUCACAGGUAUCGUGAUUUCGCAUUCAGCUGUCCAAGACAAAAGGCUCUUAAAAUGUAGUUUCUUCAAAUGCAACUUGCACUACAGAAUUCUGUAGCGUGCUAUAUAAUUGAGGUUAAAUCGCUAAGGGCAGUACUUAUUGCUUCUGCUUUUGAGCAGAAAGGCAACAAAUACAGCUGUGCAACAGAAGUGGGAUCAGUUUGAGGCAAAUUCAAGAGGCACAUUGUAACCAUCAAGCUGUGACAAAUUCUGGAUGAUGCCACACAGCCAUACAGACGCUAAUUGUCAAGUGAGCUUAAUUCACCACUUGAAAAUUUAUUGAUGGAGCAACUAAUAGAUAGCAUCAAGUGGCUUUAUCUGUAGGUGCCAUGAUCUAUGAUACUUAUCUGAUGCUACCACAUUACAUGUGUAAUAGUACAAGAGGCUACCAAAUAUUUCACCUGGAACCCGUGAGCCAGUUGUUAACCUUUUUUUUUUUACACUGCUGACUUCCAUCCAUCAUGACCUUUACUCUUCAGUGUUAGCCAACCUUACCUAGUGACAGACAUCUAGGACUAAGAGGGCUGAAGCAGGAGGAAUGACUAGACAGGGUGCUUGUGCCAAGUAUCACCAAACCUAACACAUCAUCCCCAAAAUAGCUGCAGUUUUGAAGUUGUCCCUACCCCCCUGGAGGUUGCUGCCUGCAUAUUCUACUCUUCAUUAGUGCUAUUUUCCUGUAUGUCAUUGUGAGCAAGCUGUGAUUAAUAAAGAAUUGGGGUUCUGUGAACUGAAAAA